AUGUUGAAAUUUGCUGGUAAAGUGAUUCGCACCGCGAGUAUUCGCGGUCUUGCAACGGCUUUGCCUACAACAAGAACCACAGUUUUGCCAAAUGGACUAACGGUGGCGACAGAGAAAAUUCCAAACUCGUUGACCGCCACUGUGGGAGUCUGGAUCGAUGCCGGCUCUCGAGCAGAUGUGAGCGACUCAACUUCUGGAACGGCCCAUUUUCUUGAGCACUUGGCUUUCAAGGGAACCAAUAACAGAACGCAGCUUAACCUGGAGCUUGAAGUGGAGAAAUGCGGCUCCCACCUAAAUGCGUACACAUCCAGAGAAAAUACUGUUUACUAUGCUAAGUCAUUGAAAGAGGAUAUUCCAAGAGCUGUGGACAUCCUCUCAGACAUUCUCACGCGCUCGAAGCUGGAAAAAACAGCUAUUGAAAAGGAAAGGCCUGUGAUCAUCAGAGAAAGCGAGGAAGUUGAUAAGAUGUACGAUGAGGUUGUUUUCGACAGACUUCACGAAGUUGUGUUCAAGGGCCAGCCUCUGGGAAGAACCAUUUUGGGUCCGAUUGAAAAUAUCAAGUCUAUCACCCAAUAUGAUCUGAAAAACUACAUUCAAACCAACUACAAGGGCGAUCGGAUGGUGUUGGUAGGAACUGGUGCAGUGGAACAUGAGCAACUCGUGGAGCUUGCGGAAAAAUCAUUUGGACAUGUGCCUUUGUCGGAAAGACCGUUGCCACUCGGAACUCCCCGCGGAGCCCUUCCCAAGUUUUAUGGUGAAGAAAUCAAGGUCAAGGAUGAGUCAUUACCAAAUACGUACUUCGCUAUUUGCGUGGAAGGCUGCUCGUGGUCUUCCGAUGACUACUUCAAAGCACUUGUUGCACAAGCUAUCGUGGGUAACUGGGAUAGAGCCACAAAUGUCGCUCCUUCGCCUCUAGCAAGAGCUGUUGCUUCCGGCCAGGGAGAGCCUUUGUGCAAUUCUUUCAUGUCCUUCUCCACAUCAUACUCUGACACAGGUCUCUGGGGAACAUAUGUUGUGGUUGACAAAUCACAGACAUGUUAUCCAGUGAUAGACUGUAUUUUGAGAGAAUGGAGCCGGUUGAGAAAUGGAAAUUUUUCGGUGGAAGAAGUUGAAACAGCAAAGUCUCAAUUAAAGGGCUCUUUGCUUUUGUCAUUGGACGGAACCACGGCUAUUGCUGAAGAUAUAGGCCGUCAACUAGUCACUACUGGCCGCAGACUCUCUCCCGAGGAGAUUUUCGAGAUUGUGAAUAAUAUUACUAAGGACGACGUCGUUGAUUGGUGUCAGCGCUAUUUGCGCGAUAAGCCAGUCGGGAUGGCAGCUCUAGGAUCCACGGACUCCAUUCCAGCCCACAAGCUCAUUAGCCAGAGUAUGUCAUUCUAG